ACCAAAUUAUUAUAUCUACCGCUAUAACCCACAAACAAAACGAUGCCAUCAAAGCUCUUCUCCCUUUUGCUUGCUCUUCUACCUCUGCUUGCACCAAUGGCUUCGGCCGGAAACUCCAACCUCUUCCGCGAGUACAUCGGGGCGCAGUCCCGGGGCGUCAAGUUCUCCGAUGUACCGAUCAAUCCGGACGUCGAAUUCCACUUCCUCCUGGCCUUUGCCCUCGACUACACGACCGGCUCGUCCCCCACGCCGACCAACGGCCAGUUCAUCCCCUUCUGGGACACAACCAACCUCACCCCCUCCGCCGUCGCCGCCAUCAAACAAAGCAACCCGAACGUAAAAGUAGCCGUCAGCCUCGGCGGCUACAGCGUCGGUGGCGGCCCACCCGCCAACUUCACCCCUUCCUCCAUCGACUCUUGGGUCGGCAACGCGGUCUCCUCGCUAACCAGCAUGAUCCAGCAAUACAACCUCGACGGCAUCGACGUCGACUACGAGAACUUCCUAGCCGAUCCCGACACCUUCACGGAGUGUAUUGGGCAACUGAUCACGACCCUGAAGAACAACGGAGUGAUCUCCUUCGCGUCCAUCGCUCCAUACGACGAUCCCGACAUACAAAGCCAUUACCAGGCUCUGUGGGCAAGCUAUUCCGGCGUCAUAGACUACGUGAACUUCCAAUUCUAUGGGUACGACUCGAGCACAACAGUAGAUCAGUACGUGAGUUACUACAAUGCUCAGCAAGCGAAUUACAACGGAGGGAGUAUUUUGGCCAGUUUUAAUACCGAUAACAAUCCGCAGUUCGUGUCAGUACAAACCGCUCUCAGUGCAUGUCAAUCUCUUCAGGCCGCGGGGAAUCUUUUCGGGAUCUUCGUAUGGUCCGCAGACAACUCCCUUAGCGAAGGGUUUACGUACGAGGAGCAAGCCGAGGCACUGCUUGCUAACGCUCAGUGAAAUUAAUUCCACAUGUUCUUCAGUAUAAUUCAGAACUGCGAUUUUCGUGUGGAUGAAUAAGCGAAAUAUGUAUGUUUGUACAUCAGUAAUUAUAAAAUAGCAUGCGAUUCUGUAAGCCUACUGUUACUGAAUAAAAGUUUGCUUUUGAA